AUGGACCCAUUACUACUCGCUCACCCACCUACAACCUUCGCCCAGAUGUCGGGCGUGACGACCGACGAGAUGCCAUUCGAUUCAUACUGUAUCGUCUGUGAUAGGUUGAUAAUACCGCCGAAAGAGGUUGAUUUGGUAGAAGGACCCAAAACAACCAAGAAAAAGUUGGGAGGCGGAACCAUCAGAGUGAAGAAUCCAGAUGGGACCACUACGACACGUUCGGCGAAUGGUCAGAAAGUGACGCGACCAGGAUUGAAACGAAAUCCCAAUUCAGCAGCACGUCUGGCAGCCCUCAACUCAUCCUCCAAGAUGCAGCCUCUAACACGGUCAAAGACCAACGAAUUUGUCACUUCACCCACAACCGAAUCACCUCCCAACGAUCUCUCCUCUCCAAAAUCACAGAAAGUCAUCACACCCCGAAUUAACACCUCCUCACCACCUUUCAGAUCAUCGAUAUACUGCUCGAAGCAGUGUAUGGAACAAGAUGCGGGUAAAUCAUCCGAGGCUUAUGCGAAUAUAGCUAGAACUUUAUCAUACGAUUUCUCGCACGCGUUCCCAUUAGAUACACCGGGUGUUACCGUUGCUGAUCACGCCAGAAGUCCUUACGGUCCACCAUCACCUCUUUUCGUCUCCGGAUCAGAUACCGAAUCUUCUGCUGCCUCCAAUGCAGGUGGAUUACAGGAUCAUUCAGGUCCAGCCAGCUCCGCACCUAAAUUCAUGGAAUACUUCCGUUUAUCCAAAGAAGGUCCAGACGACGCAUGGAACUCCAUUCAACGCCAAAGAAGAAGUUCGAUGCAACCUUCCUUAUCCCAACGACCUGCCUCUGCUCACUCUCAUAUUCACCCUUCGAACGAAUCCCUAUCAAGUCUAUGGAACGCUGAUUCCGAUCUAGUAUUGGACCACCGAUCAGUAUCUGGAUCAGGAUCAAAUCGAAUGAGAGCGAUGACUCCUCUGCAGACAUCCGACCAGGAUAGACGAGAAUUGCACGGUGCAGGUAGAAGAUCAGUAUCUAUCUCAAGCGAACACUCCGCCCCUAUCCCUACGAGAGCUCCCUUGAAACGAUCCGAUCUCAGUCACACUUCCCUAUUGGCUUCUUCACCAUCUUCCGUCCAGAACGUACCUAUUCCACCUGAAUUCGGUUCCGCUCCGUCACAUACCUUGGAUCUACUACAAUCGUACGCCCACGCCUUCCCCGUAAGGUCCCCUUCGGGUCUGUCAACGAGCGUCCAAAGAGGUUUCGUAUUUCCCGGAUCUACCGCCAUGUCACCCAACCCAUCAGAAUCGAGACGAUCAAGUAUGUCCCGACCUGUGUCUGGAACUAUCCGUGCAAAAUCCAGAAAUGGUAACAGUAACGGCGGUGAAGUGUCUUGGGAUUCUUUUGGGAAAGAAGUAAUAGAUGAGAAGAACUACAAGUCGUUCUGUAGAAAGACUGGUCAAACUUCUUCGGCAGCUACCACUGCUGGACCUAUGUCUGUUCCAGCGGACUUCAGGGGUAGAGCCGAAUUGGAUCCUGACAACAAUACGCCUAAACAGAGUUUAGAACGGGGAAUCGGAGGAUGGAAAAUCAAAUAUUUCCAACCUUCCUCUAACCUGGUUGAAAGGAGCGGUACGAUCACCAAUACCAGUUCGAACAGACGAAAUCGGUCAUCAUCCAGUGGAGGCACUACCACUUCUUCGUCAUCCUCUGUCAGAUCGUGCAGUAGACCUAGAACUGGUCAUGGAAUUGCCAUUCCCAAGGCGAACAAUCAAUUAUCAACUUCCAUUUCAUCCAAUUCGACUUCGAGAACUCCUAGGAUGUUACCUCCUCCUAGACCUGCUACCACCGGUACCACCACCGCUACCAGUGGCUUACCUGAUAUGUCAAGUUUGACUAUGGCAGAAGGAGUUUCUGUUUCCAACAGUGUACCGAAAUCCGGAUUUAACUGGGAAUCAUCCGAAAAGAAUGGAAUGAAGACUUAUGAAAUUCCAGACUUACCGAAAUUCAAAUUGGAUAGGAAUAAAGCUGGUUUGUUCUAUUUUCAAUAA